CACCCAGACCUGCUCACCUGUGGAGAACACAGAACCCUGGAAGAUGGAGCAGGAAGAAGCAGUAGUUAAGGAUCCAGGUCAGCAAGCCAUCUAUUCAUUGUUCCUGAAAGAGAAACUCACAGAAGAUAAACUGAAAGAAAUGGCUGAUUCUCCAGUUAAUCUGUUCCAGGGUCUGUUAACACUCUGGGAUGUAGCUCUGGACUUCUCCCAGGAGGAGUGGGAAUGCCUGGACUCUGCUCAGAGGACUUUGUACAUUGAUGUGAUGUUGGAGAAUUACAGCAACCUGGUCUAUAGAACUAUUGCGUAUGUGAUCCUGGCCAUCACCAUGUGAAGAAUGAAAAGCAGUGUUGUCAGUGUAAUAAGCUUGGCAAAGUGCUUCAUGACCCCUCCACAUGUGCACUUUAUAGAACAAAUGAAAUUACAGAAAACUCCAAUAACUACAGAUGCAGUAAUCAUAGGGAUGACUCUAUUGACUCUUCAAACCCAGAUAGACAUGACAGCAUGCAAACUGAAGAAGAACCUUGCAAAUCUAGAGACUGUGAGAGAUCUUUAUAUAUGUGUCCCAACAUUACUCAAGAUCGGAGAGUCCACAAUGCAAAGAAAGAGCACAGGCUGGGAAAAUAUGAUGACUCUUUUGCAACUGCAUAUAGUCUUUUGCAACAACCAAUCUGUAUUGGAGAAAAACCACACCAAUGUGACAAAUGUGGGAAAUACUUUAGUAGUGCCUCAAGUCUCACUGAACAUCAGAGAAUUCAUACUGGAGAGAAGCCUUACAAAUGUCAGGAAUGUGACAAAUCCUUCACUGUGAAGUCAACUCUUACAAAGCAUCAAAGAAUUCAUACUGGAGAGAAACCCUACAAGUGCAACGUUUGUGAAAAAUCCUUUACUCAGUACUCUAGUCUUAAAACUCAUCAAAGACUCCAUACUGGAGAGAAGCCGUACAGAUGCAAUGACUGUGACAGAUCCUUUACCCACUAUUCAUCAUUUAGAAGACAUCAGAAAACUCAUUCUCUAGAGGAAUUGUACAAAUGUAAAGAGUGUGGUAAGUCCUUUCUUGAAUCAUCACAUCUUAAAAGGCAUCACCGAAUCCAUACUGGGGAGAAGCCUUACAAAUGUGAGGUCUGUGACAAAUCUUUUAAUAUGUCCACAAAUCUUAGAAAUCAUCAGAAAAUUCAUACUGGAGAGAAACUUUACAAAUGUAGGCAAUGUAGCAAAUCCUUUAGCCUGGAUUCGUAUCUUAGAAUACAUCAGAGAAUUCAUACUGGAGAGAGACCUUACAGAUGCAGAGAAUGUGGAAAAUCAUUUCUUCAGUUGUCCGCACUUAAACGCCAUCAGAAAAUGCAUACUGGAGAGAAACCUUACAAGUGUACAGAAUGUGGCAAAUCCUUUACCCAGGACUCACAUCUUAGAACACAUCAGAGAGUCCAUACUGAAGAGAGACCUUACAGAUGUAAGGAAUGUGGCAAAUCUUUUACUGAGUGCUCAACUCUUAGGCAACAUCAGAAAAUUCAUACUGGAGAGAAACCUUACAAAUGUAUAGAAUGUGACAAAUCUUUUACCCGUAACUCACAUCUUAAAAAACAUCAGAAACUUCAUACUGGAGAAAGGUCAUACAAAUGCAAAGAAUGUGACAUGUCCUUUAUUCAGAUUUUGAAUCUUAGAAGACACCAAAAAAUUCACUCUGUUGAGAAAAAUACCAUUGCAAAUAAUGUGACAUAACAUUAUCUGAAAUUCACAACAAUAAAAACAAGGAUAAGAAACUUGUGAAUGCCUUAAGUCUUAACAAAUUUCACAGGAUUUAUAUGAAAAUAAAAUUCUGCA